AUGGGCUUGGCCAUAUCUAGACUAGUGAGGAUGCUUUUUGCAAAGAAGGAAAUGAGGAUUCUGAUGGUGGGUCUAGAUGCUGCUGGCAAAACAACAAUACUCUACAAGCUGAAGCUUGGAGAGAUUGUUACUACUAUUCCUACCAUAGGUUUCAACGUGGAAACUGUUGAGUACAAAAAUGUUAGCUUCACUGUCUGGGAUGUUGGAGGGCAGGAUAAGAUUCGACCAUUAUGGAGACAUUACUUUCAGAACACUCAGGGCCUUAUCUUUGUGGUGGACAGCAAUGACAGGGAAAGAAUUUCUGAAGCCAGAGAGGAGCUGCAUAGGAUGCUAAACGAGGUAGAACUACGCGAUGCAACACUGCUUGUAUUUGCCAAUAAGCAAGACCUUCCAAAUGCAAUGAACGUUUCAGAAAUCACUGAUAAACUUGGCUUGCACUCAUUGCGCCAGAGGCGUUGGUACAUUCAAGCAACCUGUGCCACUUCUGGCCAAGGACUCUAUGAAGGUCUUGAUUGGCUGUCCAGCAAUAUCUCUAGCAAGGCAAGUUAA